GCAACUGCUGCUGUCGCCCGCCGGCGGGGACUAAGCUACCCGGGGGCCUUGGACCCCGCCGGCCCCACAGGAAGGUGUGAGCAGCGGCGGCCGCUUCCGCGCCUCCGGGGCAAGUCCCCAGACCACUCCGCGGGCGGCAGAGCGAGACCCCCUGCCCAGUUCGGAAGGAAGCUGCCUUCUGAGGCGGGGAGGCAAAAAGGAGAGCUUUCAUUCAUUUCCUCUGAUGUCAUAUUGGAAAAGAUGAGGAUGCCCAAAGAUAUUUGACCUUCCAUAGAUAAAUGGAACCUUAUUAGCAUCAAAAUGCCAUUUUAAGCCUGUGUGAAAAAGCCAAAAUGGUAAUUAAACAGAUAUUGUUAUAAGAAGUUGCUGAUCUCUACCUAGACAGAAAGUGAAAAUGUAUGCUUCUGGCAGGGGUCACUUUGGCGUGAGAGAGCAAGGCGUGUCGUCCCCAGUGGCCUCUGUCUCGUUACAAGCAAAGUUUUCCUCAGGAAGGUCCUGGCCAUUCAUCAGCAGUCAUUGUGCUGAUGUAAUAUUGGUGGUCAUUGCCUGGGCAUUAGAGUUCAUCCACACAGCUUGCAGGGUCCCCAGGAGGAAUCCAUCUGUGGGACUGUAUUACAAUCAUGCUGGUUUUAUAGAUGAGCAAACAGACCUGGAAAAGUAACUUGCCCAACAAGACAGACAGUUAGGACAUAGGAUUGGAACCCUGGCUGAUUGGAACCCGAGUCUGUGCUCUCCUGAUAAGGAUUAUUACUUUCCUAACACUUUGGCUGGCUUAUGAAUGCCAAGUCCUAUUUUUCAAGCUCGAAAAACAUCAGCUAAAGAUAGACAGCAGCAUCAUCACCACCACCUACCACCACCACAGCCACCGACACCAUCGUCAGCACCACCUACUCUAUCAGUUCUCUAGGACUGCCACCACGAAGCACCACAGAGAACAGAAGUUUACUCUCUCAGUUCUAGAGACUUGGAGUCCGAAGUCAAGGUGUUGGCAGGGAAGAAGAUGUUAAAGACUUUCAGCAACCAUCGCAGUAAUGGAUCUCAGUCUGAAAAAUGAGACUGAAUUAGAAAAUAGUGAAAAUAAUGAAAUUCCAAGCACAGAAGAAACUGAAUUAAUCUAUACUUGUCCACAUGAAAGAAGUGAAAAGAAUCAUGUUUGUUGUCUUCUCAAUAUCAGUGACAUUACACUUGAACAAGAUGAAGAAGCCAAAGAGUUUGUCAUUGGAACUGGAUGGGAAGAAGCAGUCCGAGGCUGGGAAAGGAUUUCUCCAACUGCCUGCAUCUGGCCCAGGAAGAAGCUUAAAAAGGUGAAGAUGGGAGAAAGUGCCAGCAACUGCUUACUCUGUGGCAGCCUCUCCCAAGGGAGCCUGGAGGACAGGCUUCAGUCGGAGGCGGGGAAGUUGGAGUCGGCGGCUUCAGCUCCAGUUGAGGCGGGGCCAGAGAAGGAUGGAGGCAGCCUCUCCCAGACUCCGGGCCCCCCGCCAGGCCCCACCACUGCCUACCGGGAAGUUAACGGGAUCUGCCUUCCCACUUACAGUCAGGGAGAGAAAAAAAGUCUGCAAAUAAAAGAGUUUAUUGGGUGCCUGGAAGACUGGGCCACUCCUGAGGCUGUGAGGGGCAACGACCCCAGAAGCCCCAGCGGACGCGCUGACGGAAGUGCCUCCGUAGCAGACUCCUUGACUUCCAAGGCCCUUUUAGUUCUCCCUGCCCUGAAGGCUUCACCCCCAAGUGGCUUGGAUGUGCCGGGUAAGAAGAGUCAGAACUUCUUCUUGCAGCUAGAAGAGAAGGGGCCGAGCGUGGCGAAGGAUGAGCGAGUGGCUUGUGCAUACGGAGUGAAAACAGUUGACGGGACAGGUGAAAAGAGGCCCAUUGAGCUGGCCAAGCACCACAAGGGGAAGGAAACGCAGCCUGUCCCCACCCCGGUGGCCCGGACAUCCCUGCUGGCCGGGCCCGAGCCCUGCUGCCUGCCCUGGUCUCUCCUGCCUGAAAAACACCUGGUGUGCCCUCCCCACCACAACAGUGUUCGCUAUCUCGCCACCCUGCAGCUUGUGCAGAAACAACGAGUGCAGACCUACAAAGCCAGAUACAAAGCCAGGGAGCCGAGACCUCCCGUGAAAACCCCACAGCGCAUUCUCACAGCAGCCAAGCCGGCAAACAGGCCCCAAACGCUGGAGACCAAAGUGUUCUCAAGACCUCUCCUGCCGUCCCUCAAGGUGAGCAGAGUUGUUAUGGCCGUUCCCACGCACAGACUCCUCUGAGUUGCCACGAUGUAAUUCCCUGGGAAUAAGCACCGUCUGAAAGUUGUUCAUCUUCUCUUCCCUCUCUCCCUCCUGCCCCAACCCCAGUCUCUUCCUCGUCCUCCUCCUUGUCUUCUUGUACACUUUUCCCUCCCCCUCUCCCCUGGUGCUUUUUUGUAGUAUAAUCAGAGGAAAUUGAACCUCAUUAAAUGGGUUAUGAUGUGCUCUCA